AUGUCAAACUGUACUUGUUCAAGUUUAAUUGAAGCAAAAAGUCUUCUUCUCAAAACAGGUAAUGCUGUAUUAUCUCAUCGUCAAAUUGGUAAAGUUGAAGCCUCUUGGACUAUAUUAGGAAUUCCUCUUUAUCAUUCAUCGAUCAGAUGUAAAACUUUAUACAUUUCUUUACCGUGGGAGGAAGAGAGAAUACUGAAACGAGGACGAACUAUAGUUACUACUACAGAUGACUUUGUAGAAUCACUUACUGAUCGAUACGUCAAACGACCACAUACACCGUCUGUUAUUGAUCAAUUAACUUUAUUUGAAUUUCUAACUUGGUUCGAUUUUGAUCGAUCUUCUUCUCUCAAUUCCGAACAUAUGUUAGAACAAUCACUUCUGGAAAAUCCUCUUUGGCAUACGACUUUUGAUCAAUCACCUUUACUUAAAACAUCAAAUUAUCUUCCUCGUAUCAUCUUAUCAUGUGGAACAAUACUAAUUCAACAUAAAGAACCAGCAUGUAUUAGUUUUACUUGUCGUUAUGAUGAUUCUAUGUUAGCAAUUUACUCAAUUCUUUCUAUUGGAGUAUCGUAUCGAGAUCCGAUUGAACAAUUUCUUAAUGGUAAACAAGAGGUUGACAUAAAAGCUAUCCAUCAAAUCUUAUUAAAAUAUAAAGCACAGUUACUGAACCAGUUCUCUACUUUACCUGGAGCAUACAAAGUACAAAUGAUUAAUGCACUUGAACAUUUAUGUGAUUUGAAUAGUCAUGAUUUUUUAAUAAAACCAAGAACAUCUUUUAUAUUUACAACAGAAGAUGAAGAAAAUAUUGAAGAUGAAACAAAUAACAAUACCGAAGAGAUAAAUCAAACAAACUUAGAUAAUUAUACUACUGAUGCGUCUAAAACGUUUUUACCUGAAAAAAUUACGAGCGAAGAUAAAGCAUACAUGUAUUUGAAUAAUGACAUAGAAAUGAAUGCCAAAUCUUCUAAAACAGAACAAUUACUUAAAACAGCUAAUAUACAACAACAGUUUUUAGUUAAAUUUUUUCGACAAUAUCUUCUAGCAUUAAUGAUCUACGAACAAAAUCAAAUUCAACAAAAAAAUAUGUCGAAACCCCUUCCUUUUCACAUUAUUGUAAAUGGUUUAGCUGGCUCAGGAAAAUCUUAUGUCAUCGCAAUCAUUGAACAAAUGUUAAGUGACUUUUGCAUUAGUGAAUCUGCUGUUAGAAAUCGACCGCUUUUACUAUUCGGAGAUCUGGCUCAAUGUGAACCAGUGGCGGCAAAGCAAAUUUUCUGGGCACCUACUGGUGAAACUUUUUCUCUUUGGUCUGAUUUAUUCAGACCAAUCAAUUUCAAUAUCAAUAUGCGACAAGGUGAAGAUAGAACUUUUUUUGACAUUCUGUGUCAAAUGAGAUUAGGUGAAUACAAUGAAGACGAUGAAAUACAAAUAAAAAACAGAAGUAUUCGAAGAGAAGACAAUCCAGAGUACUACAAACAAAGAUUAUCUGAAUUACAAUCAAUUGAGUUUGAAAAUAGUAUUUAUACAUAUAGUGUCCGAUCUAAAACAUAUCAGAGAAAUUCUAUUAAAUUAAAAGAAAUAGCUAUGAAACUAAAAACACCAAUAUGGAUUAUUCAAUCUAUCGAUAAAAUUGGUAUGGUUAGAUCAUCAUUUUUCAAUCCAAUCAAAGCCAGUAAUAAGGAAUGUAAAAUUGUUUUAAAACCUUCCCAAGAUGAAAACGAAUGUGGAUCAAUGUUUGAACAGCUACCAAUAUGCAUAGGUGCUCGUGUAAUUUGCCGACGAAAUAUUGAUUUUGAUGGCUCGAUGGUAAACGGAACUGAAGCAACUGUAAACGAUAUUGUUUGGGAUAAUAUUGAUACUAUUAUAUUACCAAUGUCUAAUCAGUGUGUAUUUCCGAAUCUAGAUCAAGCAAUAACUACAGCAUUGCCUAAGUAUAUUGAACUCAAAUUAGUUGAUGAAUCAAUUUACAAAAUGCUUCCAGAAGAAGUCAGUUUUAAAGAUAAAAACGGAAUUUACAUGACAAGACGACAAUUUCCACUGAACCUUGGCUAUGCUAUAACAGUUCAUCGUUCACAAUGUAUGACAUAUAAUAAACUAGCUGUUGAUCUUACUGGUACAAACUGGAAACCUGGUAUGUUUUAUACAAUUCUUAGUCGUACACGAAAAUUAAGCGAUAUUAUCAUAUUGGCAUAUGAUCGCAAAUCUUUCAAAGUAUCUAAACCAGCACUCACGGAAAUGAAUCGUUUACAAAAAAUAGAACAAGAGUAUCCUAUCAAAAUUGAACAAUAUUUAGGAACAAAGAGAUAUAUUGAUUGGUGUCUACCACAAUUAUCUAACAUCGAUAAAUUGUCAUUAGUACCAUCUAACCAAGUGCACACAUGUAAUUUGGAUCGAGAUCAUAUCAAACGAUUAAAAUGUGAAAAAUCGAAUUUAUCUAUUAGUUCAUUUCUAAAAAUGCCUGAGGAUAUUAUUAUCUGUGAAUAUCAAGAACAAAAUUACUGUGGACGACAUGCCCUUCGUGCACUUUCACAAAAUCUUGAACUAUUUAGUGACGAUUAUUUAAUAAAUAUUGCUCAAAACAUAGCACAGCCAAAACGGCUAACGGUCAACCAACAUGAUUGA